AUGAAAGCCUACCCUUUCACGUCCACCACCACAAUGCGACAGAACAGCGGAGGAAGCCUUAUGUUUAACAUGUAUCUCUCAGACCAUACGGAAAAUCUACUGAAGGAAAGCAAAAGCUCAUCUUGGACCCCAAUCAACACAGGCGUACAGAAAGGAAGUGGACAAAUCCAGUUAUGGCAAUUUCUUCUGGAGCUGCUGUCAGACAGCGCCAACAUGUCAUGCAUCGCCUGGGAGGGGACCAACGGAGAGUUUAAACUGAUAGACCCGGACGAGGUGGCCAGACGGUGGGGGGAACGCAAGAGUAAACCCAACAUGAACUAUGACAAACUGAGCCGAGCUCUGCGCUAUUACUACGACAAAAACAUCAUGACUAAGGUGCACGGAAAGCGCUACGCUUACAAAUUUGACUUUAACGGCCUGGCACAAGUGUGCCAGCCCUCUUCCACUGAACAAGCUAUUUAUAAGUUUCAGAGCAACUUCGCUCCUAUCCAGUUUUCAGGCAUUUCCAAACUCAAUCUGGUUGCUCCAGGUGUUGGUCCGUCAGGGUUCUCCUAUUGGCCCGGAUCUCCUCCGACUCUCUACCACAGCCACAGCCUGCAACCACCAGGACCCUUCGGUGCCGUGUCUGCGUCGCAUUUAAGUUGCGUUAACAAUAUCAAUACUUUAAAUAACUUGAAUAAUAUAAAUAAUCACUAUAACUGAUUUUUGUAUAUAUGCGUCAAGAGUGCGCAUGGAGCGCGGACAUAAGACCAACUUUUCAAAAAUUCAUUAAACGCAACCAACCGAGGACUAUACAUCACGGCAGAUUAAAAGGCAAAUUAUACUUUAUUAAUUACCAAUAAACACAUAAUUUAGGUCUAAAAAAUAAUAAUUAAUAAACACGUAAUUUGAGUUAAAGUGUGAGUUUGAGCACGAUAUUUUGUUGGCUGUUGAUGUUGAUCAUCACUAUGAAAGCAAUUUAGCGCCAUCUCAUGGACAACAAACGAUCCCAUCAGCACUCUGUUGCUUUAAUCAUCGUUUUUCAUUUAGCAUCAGUUGAACUAAGUUUUGCUUGAAUUAAGAUGUAUAUAUCUAUAUGAUAACUCGCGAAACUUCGGUAAAAAUAAAUGAUAAAAUUAAUGUAAGCCUAAUGCUGGAGAUCAGUACGAGAUCAAAUGAAAAUAAUUCGGGAAUAGUCUACAAAACUAGUAAAAUAAAGUGUGAGUUUUCGGAUGCUGCACUUUUGAAACUGAGCAAAUUAGUGUUCAACACUAUAAUGCGCAUUGAUCUGGGAUUAUUUAUUUAACACCGAUGGAGGAAUACGUCUCCAAAUUGGGCAUUCCAAAAAAAAGAGAUAUCGAAUAAUUUGUGUGUGUGUGUGUGUGUGUGUGUGUGUGUGUGUGUGUGUGUGGUCCAUACACGCAGGGAUUCAAGGA